AAAACGCGUCGUCAAUUUUGUGAGCGCGUCUUUUCGAUACACUCUUUCGGAAUUGUAUACCGCUCUAAAUUUCUUGUUCUUACACUCUAACAUGUAUGCUGGUGACAUUACUUCAAAAUGACUUCACUAGAUGAGAUUCCUGGUAAUUUGCUCCGGAAGCCUUCGGGCGAACCGGAAAAUGAACUUGAAAGAAUACCUUCAGACUACAAGCCUCUGCACUCAUUUAGGCUCGACAAGGAUAAGCCAUAUAAGCAGCAGUUUGCCGACAUGUACUUCCUGAGACUCACCAAGAUCAAGCCUGCCGUUGAGCAGCUAGCAUUUGAUGCAUGGGAAGGCAAGGUCAUCGGAGAUGAGCCUGUCAAGCAAGCUGACCGAGUACUUGAUAUUCGACAGGGUGAGCUAUGUUGGGUUGUCGGCACUGUCUACAUGGACAUGCCACUAAAGCCUAAUAUUCUCGAUGAUGUCUCUAAGGAUCGAUGGCUUUCGGCGCCUAUCUCGAAUAAAAAAUACUACUCUGAAGAUGGCUCUGAUGCUGUCAUGCUUGAAGACGAGUCUGGCCGCGUACGCCUUGUGGGGGAUGUUCUAAAUUCUGUUAUUCUGGUUACCGGUUGCAUUGUAGCUGCCAUGGGCACAGAGAAUUCAAACGGCGAACUAGAAGUGAUUGACCUAAAAUUCCCCGACCUACCGCCACAGCCGGAUCGCUGGGCCUUAAACAACCCGCCAGCCACGAAAGGCAGCAUAGAAGAGGAGAAAGUCAAGCCAAAGGAUGAGGAUACCAAGAUGACCGACGCCCGAUCCAAAGGCAGUGGGAAAAAAAUAGCGAUUGUUUCUGGCUUGGGGUUUUCUGGAAGUGACGCAUCACAUGCCAUCGAGCUGAAUUUACUACUAGAAUAUCUAUUAGGGGAGUCUUUGGACCCGGCAGCACAACAAGAACUAUCACAGAUAAGCCGAUUAAUUAUCGCCGGGAAUUCGAUAUCUCUCGAAGAAAGAGAAGCAAUAGACGAGGAUAUGAGCGAGAAAAAGGCUCACAAGAAGUACGGAUACGAUAGCAGCUCAUAUAACGCCCAGCCAUCGCAACUACUAGACGAAUUCCUUUCAACAUUAUUACCUACGAUGCCAAUUACCUUGCUACCCGGUGCGCAGGAUCCUGCAAAUGCUAGCUAUCCGCAACAAUCGAUACAUCCAGCUAUGUUCCCCUAUUCAAGGCCUUACACGGCUCAGCCGACGUCCUCGGAAGUAGGUUGGUUUGACACGGUAACAAACCCGUGGGAAGGUGAGAUCGAAGGUUGGAGAGUCUUAGGAACUGGUGGCCAAAAUGUAGACGAUAUUUUCAAAUAUGUUGGCAGCGAUGACCGGUUAGGUAUGAUGGAAGCUAUGUGUAGGUGGCGAUGCUGUGCCCCAACAGCACCGGACACACUCUGGAGCUAUCCAUUUCAGGACGAUGACCCAUUUGUUAUGCAGACAUGUCCACACCUCUACUUUGUGGGUUGCCAGCCCGAGUUUGGUACUAAGGUUAUCCAGGGUCCGGACGGACAAGUCGUAAGGCUUGUUGCCGUACCAUCUUUUUCAGCUACACAAGAGGUGGUGCUGAUAGAUACAGAAACCUUAGAUGUUUCGAAAGUCAAGAUUGUUGCGGUUUAAAGCUGUGCAAUGAGGAAACGGCUGGGUGAGUUAGCAUAUCAUAGGAGUUGAAAAGGCUUACCAGAUGAGAUAAUACUACCAAUAUAUUUGCACGAAUAAUUGAAGACUGGGGCGGUAAUCCUAUUCAUAAGGUUAUCGGAGGUGUGCAAUUGUUAACCAUAUUUUGACAAAAUACCUAGGACCCCCUUUAAAUGUAAUAACCG